AUGUCUGACUACGAUGGUGGCGAUGGCGGCGAGGCCGAGUUCAACGAAGGGUACGAGGAAGACCACUAUGACGAAGAUCACUUUGAGGACAACGAACCGUUCGAUCGCGAAGAACACGAUGCCGAAGAAGGAGACGAGGAAGUCGGUGAUUCCAACGGGAUGAAUGGGAUGCGAACUCACGGCACAGGACCUGAUAACUUUGUCACGUCUGGUGAUGUGGCUGCUAUGGCUUCUGGCCAGGGACGUGGGGUUGUUGAUGAGAAUAAGAAGAAGAUUCCGAAUGAUAAGAGGACUACUACGCCUUAUAUGACAAAGUACGAGAGGGCUAGGUUGUUGGGGACAAGGGCUUUACAGAUCAGUAUGAAUGCCCCAGUGUUGGUUGACACGGAAGGACAGACAGAUCCUCUCAAAAUCGCUUUGAAGGAGCUGAAUGAGAAGAAGAUUCCUUUGGUUGUUCGUCGGUACCUCCCUGAUGGCUAUUACGAGGAUUGGACUUGCGAGGAGCUUCUUUAG